GGAAAACAGGUUAGGUUAAUCUGGUAGUGCUGUUUGUGUUCUGCCAGGAACCAGAAAAUCAAGUUUUUAUUUGUAAUGGUUGCUCCUUCAACAAGAAGAUGCACAAUAACCAAACAUUUCAUUACUGCAUAAAUUAGAUUAAACGUUUUUAGUUUAUGUGCUGUUAUGGUAAGGGUCAAAUGGUCAUCAUUCACAGUGUUUUUCCUAUCGUUCCUGGAGAGAAAAUUAGGAACCUUGAAACAGGUGAGUUGCAUAACCUAUAAAGUUUUUAGUUUAAUAUUUACCAGUACAGAAACCUUCUGUGUGAUUAUGUAAGUUUUGAGACAACCUCUGCCUCCACUUCAGAUCAAUCUCUCUGGGCUCCUUUAAUUGGCUCCAUCACCAAGUGGGGGUGGGGCACCUUUGGCUUCGUCAUGUGGGGCGUUGUGGCGGAUGCAGGGGGGUGUCUGGGUUUGGGGUGUCCCUGGACUGUGGCCCCUGGCAUGGCCCCAACUGGGCUGGGGGUUUGGUGGCUCUCGGGGGUGGCAUCUGGUGGCAGCAUGCGAUGCUUUUGGGGAGCUUGUGUUGGCGGACAUAGGUUACUGGCCUGCUGGCUAUGUCGCCCCAAGCUAGGGUCCUGGCUGGGCCAGGGGGGCUUGGGUCCAGGCAGGAAUGUCAGCAGGGUUUGGGCCGGCACAUGCUCUGGCACCCGGCACCAGCCCGGAGGGCCUUUGGUGCAUAGGUGGGUGUAGAGGCCUCCCAAACUGGUGGGUAGGUACCAUCUCAUUGCAGGUGCUCUGUCCUUCAAGGAGUGCACUGGCAGGGCGCAGGAUCUGUGGGAGGGGGUGUGGAAGAGUCAACCUGGGUGUCUAAUGUCUUAUGUGUUCUGGGAGUUCGAAUGUUGGGGUGGGUGAAGGUUUUCUUCUGGGAUGGUGAUGGGUGGUUGGCCUUGGGUGGGGAUGGGCAUCAUUUGGACCUGGGCAGUUCUUGUUCGGAUUCUGGUUCCUUGUCUGGGUCCCGGUUCUGUCUGGCGGAGAGGGGUCAGAGGGCUCUGCAUGGUUUGGGCAGACGGUCUGGGUUUAUCUCGGGAUGGACUGGUUUUGAUUUUGGCUCUGUGGGCUUUCUGCCUUUUGUGGAGUUUGGUGUGGGUUUUCUCGCAGGGCUACUUCUGGCAGGGGUAUGGAUGUCGGGCAUGCUCUUGGACCUGGAUGCUGUGGGUCUUCCUUCUCACAGGGGUGCACUUUCGUGGGGGGCUUUGUUUUUGGUGGGCGUUUUGCUUUGGGUGCUCUUUGCUGCGUUCUGUCCUCCGCUGUAUGGUGUGCUAUGGUGUUGGGGCAAUGGUCCUGUGUGCGGCAGCUCUGGCCUCUGAGUGUGGGUGUCGCAGGGCGGGCGUUGCUGGACUCAGAGGUUGCACUGGGCUUCUUGCCCUUAUACUGAGGUGGAGUUUCUUGUUUGCUGGGUGGUUCCUGGUGGGUGGUGUGUGCUUGGCGUUGGUGGUUUUCACCGUACACCUACUGAUGUAUGGAAGGAAGUGUGGUGUUGCUAUGGCAUUGGCUCGGGGGAGCAGCAGCUUAGCUUGGCUGUGUCAUUUUUGCUUGGCUGGCAUUGAUGUUGGUGGUUCUGCGUCUCGGGGUGAAUACGGCCUCUUUGCUGUGCGUACUGUGGCCUUUUAUGUGCCGUUCUUCGGCUUGCUGGGCUGGUGUCUUUCAUUUGGGCACAGUGGUGGGCGGUGGUGCAUCGCGGGGUCUGCUUCACUGCCUAGCUGGCCCUGGGGGUUUCGAUUUGUUUGUCUAAAGGGGACUGCAUGUGCUGGAUGCUCUGUUGGCUUGGCCCCGUGGGUUCGGGGAUGGUUGGGCACGUUGGUCAUGUGCCCUCCUUUGUGUGGCGUAUUCUGGUUGCACUGGGCCGGCCGGUCUGCUCUUUUUUCUGUGGUGGGGCCGCACUCUGGGUCGUUGCUGCACCUGCUUCCGGCUGGCUUUUGUUGGGGGUUGGUGGCUUCUUCAGGCUGGGAACUGGGUGUUGGGGUUGGGGAUCGGGUUUUGAGGGUUUGGGUGGUUCCUCGGGGAUGUGUGGAGUACUCGGCGAACGGGGGUGCCCUUUUGGGAUCAGCCGGGGAGCUGGCUCCCUGGGAGACCAUUUUACCCCCAAGUCCUUCCCUCCCCUUCCCCGGACACCUCCCUCCAUCACACUACCUCUUAUGUAGUGCCUUGGGGUGCAGGUGCGUCAUUAGAGUGCCGCAAGGGUUUUUUAUCUCUGCGGCCCCAUGGCAGCCUGUGCCCCAAUUUUAUUGUACAACUUAGACAGUCAUUUAUAAUAUUUUCAUGGCAUUCACACGUAGGGCCUUUGGUGUGGACGUGCUUAAUCAAGAGGGAGGGUAUUUUAUCACCCUAACCUCUGGUGCCUGCGCUCAGCUCUAAGGGUUAGGUUGCAUAUAUCCUCUUCUUGGAUGUGGGGUCACCAGCAUUUGGAUCGGCUGAGCUGGAUAAUGUUUCUACCUGGGCUAUCUUUGCAGUGGCAGUGAUUUGAUGUAUCUGUGUGGUUGCUGGGGCGUGGUGGGGGACGCUGGCCCCGGGUGCUUGCCGUUGGGUGAGUUUGCAGUGUGAGUUUGUUCCAUCUUGGUGUGGGGUUGGGGGUUCCGUUGUGUGCUCGGUGCUUGAUGGUGUCAGCCCUGUGGGCGGGUCUGGGAUAGAGUUGCACGGGGCCCUUGCCUUGCCGACACGGCAUGCUGUGUGGUGGGAGCGGGACGUGGCGGGGUUGCUUGUAGUGGGGCUGGGUGUGACGCUUGCGCUGUGUUGGUGUCGCUUUGUCGGCUUUUCGGGGAUGACGCUCUACUGUGGUGGUGUGCCCAUGUGCUCUGGGGAGGGGAUUCAUUGGUUUGGGUUCAGUGGCACGUGUUCUAUAUCUGUGUUCAGGUGCUGGGAGUAUAGAGUAUGUUUGGGUUGUGUAAGUGAGUGUACAACGUCCAUUGUUGCUUGUCUUUACAUUGGGUGCGUGGGUGUGAGUGUUUUUAUGUGUUUGCAUGAGGGUGGGAAUGUGUGAUUGUGACUGUGCGUGCCUGUUUUUUGUAUCAGGUUGGGUCUUGGGCUACUCCCUCUCCUGGAUGAGUUUAGGCCCCCCGUCAAAUGUGGGGCCUAUUUCCUCCCAGCCACACUACUUGCCGGUGGUUGGUGUCUCUGCCCUCCGGUGUACUUGUAGUUCUUGGUAUCCGGGGCUGGGUGCUUUGGUGUGUGCUGGUUCACUCCCGGUGGCUGCUUGCCGGGCCCUGGACCCCUGGACUCUGUCGGGCCUCUGCUUGGGGAGUGAUAUGUCCAGGGUCUCGGGUCUCUGGGUCCAUGGCUGGAUUUGCUCUGGUGCAGACGGCUGCUGGCGGGGCCUGUGGGCUCGUCGCUGCAGCCUCCUGGGGCAUCUGCACUGUGGCUGCUGGGUGGCUCCCCUGGGACUCUCCCCUGCUCUUCUCUGGGGGGGUUGUGGUUGUCGUUCUCCUUGGG